GCGCAGCUGAAGUGGCACUGGAGGAGAAAGGAAGCACCACAGUGAUAGUGCUACCGUUCUACCGAGCAGCGUCCAGAACGGCAACGAGCGAAUUAUUCUCCAGUGAAGAUGCGUUCCGCGAGGACGUCUCUGUGGUUGUGCAGUGCGAUUGUGGUGUUCGGUGUGCUUUGCUUGGGCUGUACCGCCGGCAAGUACGAACCAACGUGGGAAAGUUUGGACUCUCGCCCACUUCCCAAAUGGUACGAUGACGCGAAGGUCGGUAUCUUCAUCCACUGGGGUGUGUACGCGGUCCCCAGCUACGGGUCGGAGUGGUUCUGGAUCAACUGGCAGGGCAGCCGGACGGAGGAGUACGUGCAGUUUAUGGCGAACAACUACAAGCCCGGCUUUACCUAUCAAGACUUUGCGAGCGAAUUUACCGCGGAACUGUUCAAUGCGACCGAGUGGGCUGAGCUGUUUGCCCGUUCCGGUGCACGGUACGUGGUGCUGACGAGCAAACACCAUGAAGGGUACACGCUGUGGCCGUCGAAGCAUACGUUCGGCUGGAACGCGAUGGAUGUUGGACCUCAUCGGGAUGUUUUGGGCGAGCUGGCCAAUGCGGUGCGUGCCACGGGGCAGCUAACGUUUGGCGUUUAUUAUUCCCUUUUUGAGUGGUUCAAUCGAUUGUAUUUGAAUGACAAGCUGCACGUGUUCAUGCAAAGGGAGUACGUGGAUGGAAAGGUGUGGCCUGAGCUGCAGGAGCUUAUCAACACGUACCGGCCGGAAGUGCUGUGGAGCGACGGUGACUGGGAAGCACCGGACGGGUACUGGAAGGCGAAAGAGUUCUUUGCCUGGCUGUACAACGAAAGCCCGGUGCGCGACACGAUCGUCACGAACGAUCGGUGGGGCAUGGGGACGCUCUGUCUGCACGGGGACUUCCACACCUGCUCCGAUCGGUACAACCCGGGCGUGCUGCAGAAGCACAAGUGGGAAAAUGCAAUGACAAUCGAUCGGAAGAGCUGGGGCCAUCGGGUGAACGCACGGUUGGAGGACUUUAUGACGACGGACGAGCUGAUCGGGGAGCUCGUGACGACGGUUAGCUGCGGUGGCAACAUUCUUAUCAACGUGGGCCCCACCAAAGCCGGCACAAUUGAGGCAAUCUUUGCGGAGCGACUCGUCGAGAUGGGACGCUGGUUGAAAGUGAAUGGACCCGCGAUCUACAAGUCCCAACCGUGGGAGUACCAGAACGACACACUCACCGGAAGCGUCUGGUACACCGCGACCAAGGGAUCCUCGAAUCGGCGCAGCAACUUCCGCACGAUCUCCGCCAUCGUGCUGGACUAUCCGUACAAAACGAACAGCGUGCGGCUGGGAGCCUUCAGCAACCAGGUGACUAACAUUGCACAGAUCACGAUGCUGGGGUACAACACCGCCCUGAAGUGGAAACCGACGGACGAUGGGAUUAUGGUGGAGUUUCCUCCCAAGAACGAGAUCGACCGGCUCGAGCUGAAGCACGCCUGGACGCUGAAGAUCACACUCACGACCCAGUGGCCCCUAAACGUGUAAACGGAGAGGGUUAAUUCGUUUAAUUGGUACAGCGCAAUAAAACGCCCUACCUUUACGCAAUUCAA